AUGAAGGGUAGUCCCAGAUAUGUUGCAUCAACACUACCUUUCUUCAAUCACAAGAUGUUCCUUAUCCCUGCACAUGUUGCUUUUUGGAUAUUUGAGUUGCAACAGAUUCUUGAUUUCUCUUUGUUUAUUACUUGGCCUGACCAUUGUUCAUAUGUCUCUAUGCAUUCUGAGAUAGUUGUUGCCUUUUGGGCGUUAGCCCUUCCAAAUAAGAGACUUGUCGAUGCAGUAAUCUGCCAGCACCAAGUGUCGGGCGCAGCCCAGCCCAGCCUGCUCCCCCAUGCGGGCAUCACCCAGCUUGCCUCCUGCGCCGCAGGCGUUGCCCAGCCUACAUCGUCUGGGCCUCCUACCUCGCGGGCGUCACCUAGUUUACCUCAUCAGGAANUCUGCGCCGCAGGCGUCGCCCAACCUACAUCGUCUGGGCCUCCUACCUCGCGGGCGUCACCUAGUUUACCUCAUCAGGAACAAGUCCAAGCUAGCCUAACCGACCCCAACCUAUGUAGAGAGGAUGCCACUGUUGCUAAGGAGUUUGGAGACAUAUGUAGAGCUACAAAGAACUUCCUUAGACAAAAAUUCCAAGUCCAAUCCAUUCCUAAUGAAAUGGAUGUAGCAGCAGCUUGUUGA